AGCGGUCCUUUUCGUUAGCGGUUCUUCCAUUGUUUUGUCUCCGUCGCUUGCAACGAAAACUUCGAUUCCGAUUGUUCGUUCUUUAAUUUUGGUUGUUUUCCGUUCCCGUUUCCAUCGUCCGUAAAAAAAAUGUGGUCUUGCGUUGAACCGGUUUCAUCGAUCGAUGAAUCAAUCGUUGGAGUGUUCUGUACCAGUGGAUUGUUGCGAAUUUCAUCCCAGGAAACGGUCCUGAAAACUCCAACCAUAAAUGGAAUAUUGCAAAACAAUCGAUUGGUCAUAUCGAUCGACAAUGCGUUGAUACUGUACGAGGACGAAAAACGCUGCCAGCAGGGCCAGUUUGUUGACGCUGGGUAUCCGGUGGAAGUGAUUGCCGUAUCGGCGAGUGGAAACAUCAUCGUGAGCGGCCUCUCGAACGGUACCAUCGUGGUGCUGCACAUAUCGGGUGUUAUUGUGUUUGCAGUCGAAUUGCCAAACACCGAUGCGACAGUCGGAGGGACCACCUUCGCCGGUAUAUACGAUGAAGGCAAUGGACGCUUUUUGCUCCACACGACAAAAGGAUUGCUGCACAGACUCGUCCUGGAUGAGGGUGCAAUCGUUGAAUCGAUUGCUUCUGGUAGCUAUCAGCAGAAAGAUACGGUCCAGUUUGCACAGUACGAGAAGCUGAUUGGAAAGCAGUUCAAAGACCCGAUCGUGUGCUUCAUUCCGAUCCGCCAGUACAGUGUGGGAAGAGACGGUAGCCGCACUCUGCCGCUCGUUGCGGCUGCAAACCAACAUUCGAUUUACUUUUACCGUGAGGCAAACGCUGAAACUGUUCCACUGAAGCCGGAGUACAAUGGUGUGAAAAAGAUGUUUACACUAAUGGGCUGCAAGUAUGCACUAACCUACAGUGGUCAGCUGUUUGAAAUAUGUCCACUAACGAAACUGAUGUCCGAAUUGCCGUGCUCGUUUCGCAUCGAGCAGCUCGUCAUAUUGGAAGCUACCGGGGAAAUUAUCGAACUGCUCAUCACCACCAAGCCCGACACCAAUGGAAAGAUUCUGAUGAAAAUCGUCAGCUUUCCGUCAAUGGAAAUUCGUCAGGAAAUGGAAAUGUCCGAGCACACCUGGCUGGUGCAGCAGCCGAAAAAUUCCGCCAACAUCUACUACAUCGCCGGCCUAACGCACCAGGAACCGGUGGUGCAGGAGUUCGAGCUGAAAAUACUGUCCGAAACCGACCCUUCGCUGCGGCUGAUAAAGUUGAUCAAAAUCGGACGCCUGGAUGAGGCGGAAGAGUUUGCCAAACAGUUCGAGCUGGAUGUGCAGCUGGUGCACCAGGCACGUGCCAAGCUGCUGCUCGACGCUCUCGGCACCUCGCCCAACGCCGAGGACACGUUCCGCAGGCUGAUGCAGGUUUUGGCGGACGUUACCGAUCCACAGUUUCUGACCUCCGUGCGGGACGCUAGCAUUGCGGAUAGGAACAUGAAGAAGCGCUUCUUGCAGUUUCUGCUGGCGAAAGUGUCAGCUGCACAGAACGUUGAGAUGGAUUCGGUGAUCGAUAUCAACGAGCGGUUGCUACGGAUGGAAACGCUCAAGCUGAUCGAUCCGUACGAGAUCGACCAAGACUGGCAGCAGUUUGUGUACCACGACAGUCUGUUGCAGCUGUGCACCGAACUGUUUCAGAAGGAUAUGGACGCGGCUUGCCUGAUUUGGUCGCGGCACAUCGCCUGCAUACUGCCCCAGCUCGAUGACACCAAGGUGGCGCUUUUGCUGCGUGCCAUCCCGAAGGAAACGUCCCCAUUGCACGUGGUCCAGUGGUUGCUUCAUUUCGUCGGCCCGAUCCUGCACCACCAACCGCAGCUAAUGCAUCUGCUGGUACAGUUCAUUGUGACGCGUGCGAAAUCCUUCCAAAAGCUGGCCGGCUGGCCCAUGAUCGGUCUAACGUUCAUCGAGGAUGUGAUCAAGCUGCUGCAGGAGGUUAAGUUCCCGCUGGUCGAUCUGCGGCUCCAGUACGACAGCAACAUGGCGGAGCUGCAGCGGAUGGCGCGGGCCCUACGCGAUCUCGUCACCCUCAAGCAGCAGUUCAAUCUGCAGGCAAGCCUCGACUGCUACAUGCAGGAGGAUGUGAACAGUACCGCGUUCCGGUUGCUGCAGAUCACGCCGCUCAACCUGCUCGCCCGCAUCGUGACCGAGUUUCUGUACCAGUUUUUCAUCGGCAAGGAGCAGCUGCUGUACGAUCAGAUCGUACGGUACGUGAUGUUUCUGCUCGCCAACCAGCACAACAGCUUCUGGGAUCAGCGGUGCGUCACGCUGGUCGAGCUGCUGUACGACGAACCGCUGCAGCUGCAGACGGUGCUCGCUAUCUUGCGUGCCGCACCCGUACCGUGGUCACCGGCCAUCGCUUCGCUGAUGCGGUACGCGGCGAGCGAUCUCCCGAUCGCGGCAGAAAUAACGACCGAGCAGAACACGCAGACGAUCAAGUGUUUGAAGGUGAAGUACGGCUGGAGCCUGAAGGCACUGAUCAACAUCCGGCUGCUGGUGCAGCGCGUGCUGAAGCUGCACCUUCCGGAGAUGCUGGCCGACAUUCAGGCGAUCGUGAAAACCAAUCCGGCGCUCGCGUUUACCACCGACGUGAGCGUCAUUUUGAAGCUGGCCGAGUAUGGGGACGUCAUUGCGGCGGCACAGUAUGUGGAUGGGUUGGAGAGGAAGCGGCGAGACGAUUGCUGCCGGAGCAGCAUCGCGAUGAUGAUUCGCAUGAUUGAUGGUGGAAAAAUUUCAAACGACACUGCAAUGGCGUACCUGGAAGCGCUGAACAUGCUGAAGCGACGUGCCAACCCCGACCAGCAGUCGGCCAUCCAGCAGAUCGUCAGCAUCGUCCAGCUGCGGACCGAGUUCCGAUUGGUCGUGUCCUGCCUCAGCUACGCCAGCCCAACCGAACGAACCGGACUGCUUCUCACCGGCAUCCGAUACAUCCUUCACAAGCUGCAGGGGAAUCGCGACCAGUUUCUUGAUCUGCUGCUCGGUGCGAUGAGACGCCUCUCGUCUCUGUUGCGCAUCAGUCUGCUAAACGCCCUGUACGAGCUGAUGGCACUGCUGAGGAACGUUCAUCUGAGCUGUCUGCUGGCGGGCCAGCUGGUCGAAAUGGCCGACCUACGGCAACCGGGAGCGUUCCAUUCGGUGCACCGGAUCGUUUCGCUGCUGCUCGUGCAACAGAUGCGCAGCAUGCAGUCGAACGAUUGUUACGCCUGGAUGGAAGAUCCACUGACCUUUCCCGUGUGCCGGGAGCUGCUAAACCAAGCGGCAACCGACUGCCCGAAGCAGGUAGCUGUCCGACUGGAGCUUUUGCGCUGGAUUCAACUCGGUGCCCGGUACUAUCCGGUUGGUGUUGGAGAAGAAUUUGGCAAACGCACGGCCAUCCCCGAAACGGUGUUUAACGCCCUGUACGAGCGCCUCGCGGACGAUGGCAUGCCGAAACAGACCAAUGGUACGAAUGGAGCUGCACCUGCCAAAGCGAAGCGUGAAUCACUGUCCGCGUUCGAUGUGGUGAAUGAUGAGUUUGAUCAGGUGAGCGUACCACGCAACCGGCACGUACAGGAGCAGGAAACGAUCGUGCACUGCGUUGGGUUUGCGCUGCAGAUGGUUCUGCUGCGCGUGAAAGAGGACGCACGAUCGAGUGGCACGUUCGCGCACCUCCUGGCCCUGAUAGGGCCGCUGGAUGAGGUGGCCGUCUCGACCGCGUUUCAAGCCGCUCUUGACGGGUUGAUCCGUGCCAAGCAGUACCCGCCCGUUAUCGGGCUCGUGCACAUGCUGCGUUCGUACCAACCGACCGUCGGGCUACUGAUUCCUGCUCCGUACGCGGAGAAUGUUUGCCGUAAGGCAAUCAAGUACAUGCUCUCGCAAAAGGAACCCAAUUAUAGCAGUGCCAUCAUGACACUGUUUACGUGCGAGCAACGUGACGCCUGCCUAGAGUAUCUGCGCACCAAUCUGAUGAAUGAAUCGCAACGCAUCGCCCUGCACACGAUGCUCGAGUUCUACUACUUCACCAUCGGCCAGGAGGAAAAGGCGGUCGAGGAGCGUAACCAGCGGCUCCGCUACACGCUGUUCUACGAGCUGUGCAAACUGGAUCCAUCGCUCAAGGCGAAGAAAUCCUUCAUCUUCCACUCGCAAUCGGAUCUGAUGAAAGAGCUGAAGCAGAAGGUGAUCAGCGUUGAGCUGUUGCGCAAGUUAAGCGAUGCCUUCGGCUGGGACUAUCAGCAGAUGCUCGUGUCGCAGGUGAUAACGCUGCUCGGCCAGCAGGAGCUAACGUUUACCGUGCGCACCGAUGCGUACGGCCAGGAGGCGAUCGUUAUUCACCAGAGCGCGGAAACGAUGCUGGCCCAGCUGCAACCGUACCUGGCGGAAAUCGACAACCAGCUGCUGCUCUGCACCAAGCUGACGAAGUACAUGGAGCAGGCGAACGGAUACUUCUACGAGCAGUACUUCUGCAUCCUCGAGAUGCUGGCCCAGUACAGCGAGACGAAGGACGACAUUGCGAGCUGGCGCACGAUGCUCGGCUUCCUCACGAAUCAGCUGACCGGGCGCCGGCGGCAGCGACCAGGUCAGACCGAGCUGGACGCCUGGACGCGGCUACAUUCGGAUGGGGACAUGCUGCCGGAAAUUGCCAAGUAUCGGUACCCGUUCAUGCUGAUUCUGCGCCAACCGCUGAAGGUGCUGCUGAAGGAGGACAUUUCGAUCGAGAACUAUCACAAGCUGCUGAUACUGGUGUCGAUGAAGGCGUCGGCGGAAGGUUUGGAUGGGCAGGAGAUGAACGAUUACUUCUGCCGGUCGGCCGUCAUCAAUUCGCUCAAUGAGUACAAGAUACAGAACAGGGAAAAGACGCAACACUCCGAAUGGCACCGGCAGUCGAAGAACAAAGCGUUUCUUCAGUCGAUACUUCGCAUCGUGGACAGUGUGUGUGACCUGUCGAUCAAGCUCUACAUCCUGUACUACAUCACCUGCAACGCGCUCGAUGGGGACGAUCAGGUGAGCGCCGCGUACGCUUGCUACCAGUUUGCCCGCAAGCACGAACCGAUGCUGAUCGGCAACCCGGAAGCGAAGGACAAGAUCGAGAAGAUUUACCGCAAGUAUCCGGUGCUGAAGACGCAACAGCUGCUCCAGCAGAACGGCGUCACGGACGAGAAGCAGUACCAGCUGGUGAAAAACCCCCACGAGCUGAUCCAGGCCCUGUACACCGAAUCCUGCUUCCAGAAGGUGAACGUAAACGAGCUGGCCACCAUCAUCGGCCAGCUGCACGAUCUGGACGUGGAAGCGAUCCAGAUGGGACUGUUGCAGAAGUGGCUCACCAUGUUCGGUGGGUCCGGUAUGGUGGCUGGCGCGGACGGUUUCAGCAACGGCAGCGGCAUGCUCGAGGAAACGCUCUACGACGAUCAUAACCUGUCCGGUGCGAGCCAGGAGGAUGACUCGAACGUGCACGAGUGUAUGGCGCGUGCGUACUACAUCCUCAGCAGCUGGCAGCGGUCGAAGAGCGUCGAGUUUCUGGUGGCCGAACUUAACGCCAGCCUGGACGCGUCGAACGGCACAUCGGACGUGAGCAAACAGCUGCAGAUCUACCAGUGCUUCAGCAAGCUGGUCGAUGACGACUGUACGACGUACCGGGAGUUCUUUACCCAGCGCCGGUACGUUGCGCUCAAGUGUGUCCACCUGCUGAAAGCGCUCGGCAUGCAUACGAUCUCGGUCGCACGGUUCGAGGAGGCGGACAAGAUGGCAAUGCUGAAAAUGCUGUGGCAAUCGCACGCCACCAACCCGAAAGGGUUGGAGGUGUUGGCGCUCAUCUGCAUCGGGUACGGCAUAUACGUGCCACAGAUCUGGAACGGCAUACUCAAGCAGAUGGCCCGGUUGGGGCUGGUGGGCAACCUGUGCGCCCUGAUCGAUAUCGUCACGGCUCACCGGCAGCUGUUCGGGCUGGAAGGAUACCGGAUGGCUUGGGAGCUGCUCAUUAAGGAACCGUUCCGUAGUGCCAAUCGGGAACAGUCGCUUACGGAGGACGCACUGCUCGCCCGUUCGCUCGUCAUGGUACAAAAGUGUCCGAUUUCGUUCCGCCUGAAUCUGGUCGAAAUUGCGGACGUUUGUGUGAACGUGAAUCGGAUCAGUAUGGCCGCCGUACUGCUGGGCUUUUGCGACGAAGCGCAACGGGAAGCGCUCAAGAAGCUAAUUGCAACGAUCGCUGUGCCCAACCUGCACGAUCAAAUACGGGAGCUGGAAGAGUUUGGGCUGGCCACCACGAUCACGAAAGCCGUCUGCCGGGAACUGAUGGCUUAAGUGGGAGUUCCCCUGUUUGCCACCGGACAACCGUACAAAACACCGGCCACCGUUUGCGCGUAUCAUAGACUAUAUAUUUUUCUUCUUUUUUUAAAAAAUAAAUAACUAUUAACAUGAAA